GAAGCUUGGUAGAGGAGAUCAAAAGCAUCUCCAACGGUCGGUUCUGUAAGUGACUGCAGGGGAAGAGACGAAAGAAGCGAGGUGAGUUGAGUUGCGGAGAAAGGAAAAGGAACGCGGAGAAUCCACGAGCGAUAAAAUCACGCCGCUAAGAUUAGUUACUGCAGUGCUGGGUGUCACGACUCCAUCAUUCUAUACUGCCUCUUUCUCUCGUUGUACAGAUGUUUCACAGUGACUUUUAAACAUGAACAUGGUCAUUUAUCUAUCCUGAUGAUUUUUUGAUAAUAUUUCUCCCCAUCAAAGGCUUAUCUUUCCGACUCUAUCUGGUGGAUCUCCGAGAUAUGCUUGUGUGCUCAUAGGAUUUGGCUAUCUGAUCUCACUUCACUAUGGUUGAGCUACAACCAAUCUUCAAAAAGGCCUACUGGACGCUGGCCGCUGGAGGCCUGGUUUACGUGAGCUUUAUCUGCGCGCUCACAUGGCCCAAUGUCCAAAGACUUUGCUUGUAUGCGAACAAAGUCAAUCCUGCUCUGUGGGAGGAUGUCAACCAGGUCGAGCGCUUUGGAUUCCUGAAAACGCAGGUCCAACCGUUCAAUCUGGUUACCCCUGAUAAUGAGACGAUCUAUGGCUGGCAUUUGCUCCCUCUACACCUCUGUCGGGAGCACGAGGAAGAACUGAAUGCGAACGAGCCAUCUGGUCCAGCUGAAGACUAUACCCGAACCUCGGCUUUCAAAUUCCUAGCCAACGACCCUAACGCUCGAGUAGUUGUCAACUUCCACGGCAAUGCCGCACAUCUCGGCUCCGCUCAGAGACCUGAAAUAUACCGCAUGCUUCUGGGCUUGUCAACGCCCUCCAACCCUGUCCAUGUCUUCGCAAUUGACUAUCGUGGGUUCGGAGUGUCCACCGGCUCCCCAACGGAAGAAGGCUUAAUUACCGACGGUGUCUCCCUCAUUAAUUUCCUGACCGCCGGUCCUUUGAACAUCCCGCCAUCCAGGAUUGUCAUCACGGGCCAGAGCCUGGGAACAGCUGUCAGCGCGGCAGUCGCUGAGCGCUAUGCAUUCGGAUCGCCGGAUUUCGCAGCUGUCCAACCCGCCAUUCAAGACCCCGAACCGUUCGCAGGCGUAAUCCUCCUAGCAUCGUUCAGUAACUUGCGAAACCUUAUCGAAUCCUACAGCUUCAAAGGUCUUACGCCCCCGAUGCUCUCUCCCUUGAUUGGCUACCCUCGCGUACAAAGAUGGGUAAGGAGCCAUAUCGUUGACCACUGGGACACCGCCGCUCGCCUUGCACGCCUGACGGGCAUUGGACCAUCUGCCGAGGAAGACGCGAAGGCAGGGUACAGCAGCAAAGAUCUGGAUCUCGCAAUCAUCCACGCGUUCAACGACGUCGAAAUCCCCUGGUACGAAGGACGUAGUGUCUGGAUUGCUGCCACUGGUGAAAACCAGAAAGACGCCCCUGGCACCCUUGUGCACCAGAAAAAGGAAGAGGGUGGCCCAACCGAGGUGAAGAUCUGGGAGAACAGGUCGGGGAAGAACUCGGCCGUGAAGAAGGUUCGAUGGGAACGUGUAGGCUACGGUGGUCAUAACCGCGUGGCUACUUUCUCCGCUGCUGCUCUUGCUGUGCUUAGAGCUUUCGAAGAGUAAAUUCGUUGGUCUCCCCCUACGACCCCGGGAAAUAACUGGAAGUCAGCUUCUGUAAUCCGUCCCAAUAUAUGCCCCUCAUCUACUGCCAUCAGUGAGACCAUGAUACUUGUGGGAGGGGAGAGACGUUCAGUAAUACAUACAAUAACCCAUAACCUACUUAUGAUUUAGGACUAUCUUUUUUGCCGC